ACACCCUGGCAGGAUGUAGUCGCAGCCCGCGGUGGUUAGCCGACCACUCCAGACAGCCGCACCGACACGAAAUGUGAGAAGUUUCUCUCGGGUGGAGAUUUAUUUUAACCCUGCGGCGUGAAAAAUGUUGACUGACGUGAUUCUUGAGGAAGAGUUUGAGAAGAAUGAAGAAACUUGGUAUAACCAGCGGGACCUCGAAAACGAUCUCCAUUUGGCAGCGGAGCUGGGGAAAAGCCUCCUUGAGAGGAACCAUGAGCUGGAGCAGGCCCUGCAGCAGAUGUACUCCACCAACCAGGACCAGCUGCAGGAGAUGGAGUACCUGAGCAAGCAGGUGGAGUUGCUGCGUCAGAUGAACGACCAGCACACCAAGGUGUACGAGCAGCUGGACGUGGCCACCAGGGACCUGGAGCAAAACAACCAGAGGUUGGUCCAGGACAACCGCCUGGCCCAACACAAGAUCCACAGUUUAACAGAAACUAUUGAUGGGCUUCAGACCCUCAUGGAGGAUCUGCAGACCCAGAUCAAGGAGCUGAAGUCUGCACAGGCAGAGCGGAGUAAGAGGGAGCUGGCAGAGCAGCGGCGCAGCCUCGGAGCACAGAGCGUGUCCUGCCUCAAGGAGCUGUAUGACCUACAGCGGGACCGGUAUCCAGCUCACGAUGUUGGACUCUGGUCUCCUCAGAGCUUCCUCUGUGACAGAGACCGGCAUGUCGACCCAGAGCAGGAGAACCAAGCUCUGCAGCGCUCGGUCCAAACUCUUCAAAGACAGAUGGCAGCAGAAAGGAACCGUCGGGAGGCCGCGGAGCGAGAGGCUGAGUUCACAUCGAGAGAGAACCGGGGUCUGGAGCAGCGGCUGGCCCUGCUGGUGGGCUGCCAGGCCCGGCAGAAAGAGCUGGAGGAGGAAGUGGAGCAGCUGCAAGUUCUGUGGCGUGCUGAGUGCGCCAACAGCGCUGGACGACCCGGCCGGCUGCUGCUGCCUGAAUCACUAUUUUUUGCCUCUGAGGAAAGACGGCGUGAGGAGGAGGAGAUGCCUGAGAGGCAUAAAGAGCGCCAACCGAGGCGCAACAGUGACAGCGUUUUAAAAGCAACAAACGCAGAUGAACUUCGCCGUGGUCAUGAGCAGCUGUGCGUCAGACGAGCCGAUGCGGUGAAGCAGCGAGGCAUCUCUCUGCUCAACGAGGUGGACGCUCAGUACAGCGCGCUGCAGGUAAAGUACGAUGAGCUGCUGCGGCGAUGCCAGCAGGCCACAGAUGAGCUCAGCCAUAAAGCCGUCCAGACUUCCUGGGCCCGCCGUCGCCUCUCGAACUCGGCUGCGUCGUCUGAUCUGACGAGCGUUCCUGAAAACGACCAGCAGCCGGAGUACAAACUCCUCUUCAAGGAGAUCUUCACCUGCAUCCAAAAGACGAAGAAGGACCUGAGUGGGAGCAAGCACCCUGAUGGCGAUUUCAGUUCUGCCAGCUGA